AUGACGUCUAGUUUUCGCACUAUGUUGCGUUUCGCCCAAUUGCCAUGGAGUCUCUUCGGAGUUCUCAUCGCCGCCCUUCAGGCAAAUGCGACCCCGAGUGUGAAUAUUGGCAUGAGGGCAUCGUUUCCCGCCGGGCCAUAUCUGCUUGAGCUGCUUGAGACCUCUGCUGGGGAAAAUGCAACCGCCUACUUUCCAUUGCUCGACCGAAUCGCGAGCGGCCAUUUCGCUACACAAUCCACUGAGGCUGAACUCUAUGCGUCAUUCCUUGAUGUGCUGCGGGACGAGGGUCAUAUUAGUUCGCCCGAGGCUCUAUCCACGUUCAAUCUUGCCUUAUCGUUGCGAACGGCCGCGCCUCGAGUCGAGGCUCAUUAUCAAUACUACGACACUGCCGUUGAGCCCAAGUCCGAAGCAAAGGACAAAUGCUCCACCUGGGUCUUAAUUGACACCGAGGUGUACUGUGAUUCUUCUUUGGAACAUUCCACAGGAAACGUGCUUUCUAUUGACAGUAUAGAGCUGCCUUUUGACCGAGCAACUGGCAAUGGGAAAGAUGCGAUCCUUUACGCCGACCCUGCCUCUCCAGCGUUUGGGAAGUUCCACAACGCUCUGUCUGAUGGCGUUCGCCAAGGGAAAUAUAGAUACAAGCUACGCUAUCGAAGGGGUGAAGGCCAAGCUUCAUCCCAUCUGCCAGUUGGCGGCUACGGUGUUGAGCUUGCCUUGAAGCGAACUGAUUAUGUCGUAAUUGAUGACCGCGAGGCUGAGCAGGCCGCAUCUCAACAGCCCCUCAAGGCUGAGAUUGCUCUGGAUGACGAAGAAGAGGUCGCUGACUUGAAACCCUUGUCUACGUCUGAAUUAGCUUCGCUGGGUUUGAAGGCCGCAAGCUUCAUUCUCCAAAGUGACUCGCCAUUUGACAGCCUAGUCAAAGUCACUCAGGAUUUACCAAAGUUUUCAGCCUCCAUUGCAGGAUACGAAAUCUCCGAGAAAUUCAUCAAAGAGUAUGAACAGAAUAGUGCUCCCAAUGGUCUCAACUAUCUGUGGAUGAACGGUGUACAACUGAUCAGUCGCCAAGUGGAACCAUUUACCUUGAUCGACAUGGUUCGCCGCGAGCGAAAACUUCUGAGCAGUGUUCUGGACCUUGGAUUCGAUGGGAUACAAGCUGUAUCAUUGCUUGGGCACACCCAGGUUGCAGAAGCGAAAGCUGCGGAUGGCGCGACGAGAUACGACUGGACCGAUCGACCAGAAAAUGGAAAGGCGAUCAUGUGGUUGAACGACAUAGAGAACGACGAAUUGUAUGCUUCAUACCCCAGAGGCCUUCAAUCGCUACUACAACGCACUUAUCCUGGGCAAAUUCCCCAAGUCAGGGAGAAUAUUUUUCACCUAAUCUUGCCUCUAGAUUUGACGAAUACUGCAGAUCUAGAUACAUGUCUUCAAAUGAUUGGCCUCAUUCAGCGCGGUAUUCCUAUCAGGUUUGGACUAGUACCAUUGGCAUCAUCCGCCGAGUCCUUGUCUCAGGCCAAGUUGGGCUAUUACCUAUUGGAAAAUUAUAGUCUCGACGCUUUCCUCAACUACUUUAAGACAAUCCGUGCCGAGUCUAUCGCCGGCGCUGACGAGAAGCUGCUUAACGCGGUAGUCAAGGAUGCCAAUCUCAAAGCUGGAGCAGCUCCUAAAUCCUGGGCCGAAAUUUUCGAGGCCGACCCAUAUUCAGAAAAUGUGAAAGAAGCUCAGAACUGGUCCAAACGUCUCGGUACCAAUUCUGAUGCCCGCAGCGUGUUUGUGAAUGGCGCUGCAAUGGCACGGGAAAAGAAUUGGAUGCAAGCAGUGAGCUCAAGGCUGGCUGAAGAUCUCCAGGACCUCCAAAUGUCGGUUUACCGAGGAUUGAUGGGUCCUUACGAAUGGGCUCCUGAUUUCUUUCUUCAAGGCGCAGCAUCCGGACGCAACACGUACAUUACACCUGAGGACGCCUCUACAAUUCACAUCUUAGAUGUGAGCAAAAUCUACAGUGACCUGAAUGGAUUGUUCGAUAAAGCUCCGGUGAUUGAGCAUUUCCCCGAAUCUACAAAGGAUACUUGGGCUGUUCUCACCGUUGUUGCUGAUCUAACAUCGAGGAGCGGUCGUGAACUCUUGCUCUCAUCAUUGGCGUUUAGGCGUAACAACCCUGGUAUCCGCCUCGAAAUCAUACAUAAUCCUGGUACGGGAGUGGAUGGAUCGCAAACCAAUAGCAAUCUCAAGCGAAACGAGGACAAGCUUUUGGAUAUCGAAACCAUUGACAGCCUGGCUGCUUUGCUUCAGGCAACGGAUCUGGAAGCGGAUGAAACCUACAAUGCCCAUCUUUCGCAACUACUUUCGGCGACCAAUGCUCAGCGAGGUUCCCAGUUUCUGCUUUUGAAUGGUCGUGUAGUGGGACCUAUCUCACCUGACGACUCAUUUGAUGAAAGUGACUUCCAACAGCUGGUUGAGUUUGAGCAGAGAUCUCGGAUUCUACCCGUCUCUGCGGCCCUAGAAGACUUGGGCCUCAGCGAGAAGCUCACGGAUCCGAUCUCAGCGGCCAAGGUCACUUCCGUAACAGCGCUAUCAACCAUUUUCGAUCUUCCAGAGGGUAUUUUUGAGUCUACGCCAAGUAUUAGAACGACCCUCUAUGACAAGUGGAGUUCAACACACACUGCUAUUGAGGUCGGUGACCCUAAAACAGCCAGCGUUCACAUCGCAGGUCUGCUUAAUCCCCUCAGUGAGGAAGGUCAAAAGUGGGCUCCAGUCCUAAAGGUUCUUUCAGAGAUUGAUGGAGUCUAUGUGAAACUCUUCCUGAACCCGAAGGAGAAGAUCUCAGAGCUUCCAGUGAAGCGCUUCUACCGCUACGUGCUCGAGUCGAAGCCGUCUUUUGACCAGGACGGCAAGGUCAAGUCUCCCAAUGCUACAUUCAAAGGUCUCCCGUCGGAAGCCCUCCUCACUAUCGGAAUGGAUGUUCCUCCAGCCUGGCUUGUGGCCCCCAAAGCCUCGGUCCAUGACCUUGAUAAUAUUAAACUCAGCUCUAUCAAGAAUGAUGUUGAAGCUUUAUAUGAGCUUGAGAACAUUCUGAUUGAGGGACAUUCCCGCGAGGGGCGAGGCUCUCCACCUAAAGGAGCCCAGCUGGUACUCUCGACUGAAAAGGAUCCGCUAUUGACUGACACGAUCAUCAUGGCCAACCUGGGCUACUUCCAGUUCAAAGCCAACCCCGGUUUCUAUAACAUCCAGCUAAAGCAGGGAAGAAGUGCCGAAAUUUACACCAUCGAGAGUGUUGGUGCUAUGGGCCAUGAGCCAGUGCCAGGGGAUGAAGGCACGCACGUGACGCUGAUGGAUUUCCAAGGGACUACUCUCUAUCCCCGCCUCAAGCGGCAGCCAGGCAUGGAACAGGCAGAUGUCCUUCGUGAAGAUGACGAUGAUUCCGAUAGCUCCAUUGUAGCCAAAGGUUUGAAGUUUGCUGGAAGCCUAUUCGGCGGGUCCAAAGGCAAGGCUCUAUCAACUGAAGCGCAUGCUGAGAUCAAUAUCUUCUCCGUUGCCAGCGGCCACCUCUAUGAACGUAUGUUGAACAUCAUGAUGGUCUCGGUCAUGCGCAACACCAAGCACACCGUCAAGUUUUGGUUCAUUGAGCAGUUCUUAUCACCAUCGUUCAAGGACUUCAUCCCCCAUCUCGCCAAGGAGUACGGCUUCAAAUAUGAGAUGGUCACUUAUAAGUGGCCACACUGGCUUCGACAACAGAAGGAAAAGCAACGAGAGAUUUGGGGCUACAAGAUUCUCUUCCUCGAUGUUUUGUUCCCUCUGUCCCUUGACAAGGUUAUUUUCGUUGACGCGGACCAGGUCGUUCGCACUGACAUGAUGGACCUUGUCAACCACGAUCUUGAGGGUGCGCCUUACGGUUUCACACCCAUGUGUGACUCCCGCACCGAGAUGGAAGGCUUCCGCUUCUGGAAGCAGGGCUAUUGGGAGAAUUUCCUUCGAGGUCGUCCCUAUCAUAUCUCAGCUCUCUAUGUUGUCGAUCUCCGCCGCUUCCGCGAGAUGGCUGCCGGUGACCGCCUCCGACAACAAUACCACACACUCUCAGCAGAUCCGAACAGUCUCUCGAAUCUGGAUCAGGAUCUCCCCAACAACAUGCAGUUCCAAAUCCCCAUUCACAGCCUCCCACAAGAGUGGCUCUGGUGCGAAACCUGGUGCAGCGACGAGAGUCUCAGCCAGGCACGCACAAUUGACCUCUGCAAUAACCCGGAGACAAAGGAACCAAAGCUUGAUCGGGCCAGAAGGCAGGUCCCUGAGUGGACCGUCUACGAUGAUGAGAUCGCAGCCGUGGACCGACGUCGGAGAGCUUCUGCGGGACAAGAGGACAGCCAAGCGAGUACCAAGAGUGGUCAAUCUGGAGACGGCAACGCUCAUAAGAUUGACGAGUUAUAA